UAGUGAUGAGUAAACCUUUUUAAUAAAGCGCUUAAAUUUGUAUUUAUAUUACUUGAAAGCUUUAUAAAUCGCUGAUAUGUAAUUACUUGUAAAUCGUUAUGUAAGUACUUAAUAUGCUGAAAUAAUUUAUUGUGAAUCUCGUUAGAAUGAUUGAAACCUUACAUGUGACUGUAUGGUACUAAAUUGGGCUAGUAGUGUACAGUGUUGUAUAUUAUUCAGUUAUAUUGUGUAAUAUAAAUUUGUGACGAUAAACAGUUGUUUAAUAAACGUGUGCAUUAUAUUGUUUCAUAGAAUACUUACAACUGAUUCUGUUGGUUACCAUGGCAGAAUCUAAGAUACUGACACAUGUGUUCAUAAGGAUUUUCUCUUUUGGUAAAAUACUACAUUCCCAUAGAAGAAGUAUCAUUCAUUAUGGAUUUCAAACAUUUUCCCAAUCUAGACAGUCAGAGCAGGUAGAAACUCAAUCUGAAGAUGAUGCAACUGAAGCAGCUAAGGAUGAACAAAAUGCUAAACGAAAAAGUAGAAGAACCGAAGCUGAAAUUUUACAAUUUUUUAAAUCUGUUAAUUUAACAAAUGUUAUUCAACAAUGCCCAGAGAAAUAUUUUAAGAGAGCAAGACAAUCUGAACGUUUAUAUUUAUUAGAUAAAGCAACAGCAAAAAAAAUGUGCGAUCUUAUUAUAAAUGAUAUACCAAAUGAAAUACCUGUAUUAGAAGCAAAUCCUGGACUUGGUGUUUUAACAAAAGAAUUAUUGGAAGGUGGAGUGCCAACGAUUCACUUAUAUGAACCAGACACAAAAUUUAGAGAAAAUUUUCAAUCUUUACAGAAGGAAUAUUUAGAUCGUAUAAAAAUACAGAAUAUAGAUUAUUUUUCACUGUGGCAUCCUAAAAAUAAUAGUAAUAAUGUUGAUAUAAUUGAAAAAGCAAUAAGUCAUAUUCCUUGUAAAAAAUAUAAAGAGGAACCCUCUAUGGUACUAAUUGGUAUUAUACCAAACAUAUGUACUAUGAGAUUGAUAUUGAUGUCUGCAAUACUCCGCAAUAAAAUAAUGAGUUUUGGUCGAACUGUUUUUUACAUUGCAGUAGCACCAUCAAUAUGGUGGCGCAUGGCUUCUGACAGUUCAUCUAGUUAUCAUAUGUAUCGGUCUAGAUCGGUAAUGUUUCAAAUACUUUUUGACUAUAAAGUGCUUGGAACAAUAUCUAGAAAAGUCGUUGUGCCAUGGCCAUCUAUUAAUAUAAAGACUCGUGUAAAAGAGAUGCAAGAGUUAGCUGAAAUUGAGGAUCAAAUUAUGUACAUUGUAAAAAUGGAACCAAAGGCUAAUUUUUAUGAAGAUUUUAAAGAGCAAAAUUGUUUAUGCCUUUGGUAUUUCCUCAGGCAUCACUUAAUGGCUAGAAAAAAUCGGAUCAUCCCAGAAUUAGAGAAAUGGGUACCUGGUUGUGGUCCUUAUUUAAUAGCUAAAGGACAUGAUAUAUUCACUGAGUUUGGAGACUUAACACCUGAUAAAUUAUUAGAAUUGUAUAAAACAUUUGUGUCAUGGCCAGAGUCUGAAAACACAUCAUUCAUGUUAGAAAUGAGUGAUCUCAAGCAAGGCGAAGAAUGGGCUACAUUGUAUCCUAAAAGUUAAAUCAGGAGAUUACAUAAAAAGUAAUAAAUAAUUGCUGAUUUGUUUGAUGACCAAACUUGUAAUCAGUUACAUUUCAGCAGAAGUCAGAUGUUUUCAAAUCAAAAUAAAACGACAUUACAAUUGUGAUAGUGGACACUGAUAAACUAUGAUCUUGUUGAAGAGGUCAUGUGGCUUUAAAGUGUAUAUUGAUAACUGUUUUGCACUUUAACCAGUUGGAUCAGUUUCAAGUAGAACUCUGAGUACAAACGUGAUCAUUAAAUAAUUUUGAUUAACCUCCAUUACUUAUAUUUCAAUAUUAAUUAUAAGUGGGGUAACAUAUUAGAAUAUGGUGCAAAUGUGGCAACAACGUGGUUCCUUGAAACUGAAGAAGGAUUAUUUAUCUAUACCAAUUAUAAUUUUGCCACUCCUUAUGAUCUUUUUUAAUGGAAUUCAAGGACAAGAUAUUAUGUUUCCAACUGAAAGGUCCUAUCCCAGAUUAAGAACAUCCGAAUCUGAAAUACCGAACCUUGUGGAUUCAAAUGAAACGACGAGCCCUUGCCCUGUGAACAUGACUUUGUAUUCGGAUGAGAAUAAUACACAUUAUUGUGAUUGCAGUGUGGGAUAUUUAUAUUAUCCUCCACAAGAUAGUUGUUAUUUACCAUAUACUAGAGGGCCCUGUCCCAAGCGCAAAUAUUUAGUCAUUUCAAAAGAUGAUACAAUAUCACGCUGCAAAAGAAACCCUUGCCAUCAAGAAGGAUUGGUACAGUUCGAAAAUAAAUGUUAUACACUUUUUGAUAGAUGCAAUGACAGUAUGACUUUAGUAGUAAAUGAAGAUACUUUACAAUUAGAAUGCACACAAAUACAUAUUGUACCGUAUCAACUAAUUGUUGCUCCUCUGAGACCUUGUGCUGCUGGUUCACGGAGGAUAGCCAGUGGUGCAUGUCGUAUGAUUUUAUGAAAUAAUUGUACAAUUUUUACUUAAAUUAUUCCUUUAUACUUAUACUGAAUAUGUACUAAAUGUUGAAAAUUCAAAAUUUAACACUUUUUUUAUGCCCUUCUAAAAUAACAUAUAUACUGUAAAUAUAACAAUUUAUCACAUGAAAUUAAAAAAAAUGUUAUGUCUA